ACGAUUGAAGAGCGAUUUCGCGCGUCGCUUUUUGCGUCGAAUAAACGAUGCGAUACAUAAUCCGAAUCUGAGGGGUCUGUUAUCCUUUUUCACGAUCGGCAAGAUCUUCAACGUCACACUUUGCGUUAUUGACGAAUACAAGAGUAAUAACAUGGUGUCGACGAGAAGGCUAGGCCUCGCCGGUUCCUGUAUGUUUUCUGUUGGCCUCAUCAGUUAUACCAUAGGAUUUCCCGCUAUGCUGAAAUUGCAAGUAAAAUCUCAAGUUAGAUUGAAAAAAGGAGAUGAAAUGCGUGAUUUUUGGGAGAAACUUCCGCAGGCGCUGAAUUUUAAUAUUUAUGUCUUCAACGUAACUAAUCCGAAUGAGAUCAAAACUGGUGCGAAACCAAUUCUCGAAGACAUCGGACCAUUUCAUUAUGAUUUAUAUCGGGACAAAGAAGAUAUUGUGGAGCGAGACGAGGAUGACACUAUUGAAUAUAGUUUGAAACAGACUUGGUAUUUCAAGGAGGAACAGAGCGUUAUGUCGGACAACACGGAAAUUUAUUCGUUUCAUCCUGUCAUACUAGCAAUAAUUUUGACCGCUCAAGUAGAAAGGCCAUCUGCAAUGGGAGUCAUUAGCAAAGCGGUAGACAGUAUCUUCAAGAAACCAGAAUCUAUAUUUAUCAAAACUACUGUAAAAGAUCUAUUUUUUCAUGGUGUAAGUUUUGAUUGUACAGAUGUAACAGAUUUUGCUGGAUCUGCUGUAUGUGGUGUGUUGUCGGAACAGACAGAAAUGUUCAUCAAAGAGAGUGGUGAGGGAUUACGUUACAGAUUUGGUUAUCUCGCAAAGAGAAAUGGGUCUCGCUUGCCGGAACGCAUAAAAGUAUACCGCGGGAUAAAGAAUUAUAAGGAUGUGGGCCGUAUGGUAUCUAUAGGAAACUUGUCGAAGUUGAGCGUGUGGCCCGGUGAUCCGUGCAAUGAUUUGCAAGGAACAGACGGAACAAUUUUCCCGCCGUUUCUCAAGAAAGAGAAAGAAGUCUGGGCAUAUUUCCCGGAUCUUUGUCGAAGUAUGGGCGCUUACUACGUCAGGCCAGGGAAGGAACAAGGUUUCAAGACGCUGCACUAUUCGUCAAAUAUAGGGGAUCCGAAUACGAACGAUGAUUUAAAGUGCCUUUGUCUUGAGUACGAAGGAUGCAUGCCAAAAAACGUAUUCAACGCUUAUCCUUGCUUAGGCGCGCCUUUCAGAAUAAGUCAUCCUCAUUUAUACAUGACUGAUCCACGAUAUUUAGAAAUGGUCGACGGGCUAAAUCCCGAUCCCGAAAAACAUGAGAUGGUUUUUGACUUUGACGCGAUGACAGGCAGCCCGAUAAAAGCAUUCAAGAGAAUUCAAUUUAACGCAUUAGUCGGACCUAUUGCUAAGGUUAAACUAAUGAAAACCUUUCCGGAAGCGCUCUUUCCAAUAUUCUGGAUAGAGGAUGGAAUUGAGCUUGGCAGUGUUCUUAUAAAACCGUUGAAAGUUGCGUACAUGCAGAUUUUCCUCGCAAAGAUAAUGAUGUGGCUUAUGAUGGUCGGUGGCAUUGGCAUGCUGGCCACCUCUUUAGCAAAGCACUAUAAAGAAAAGAAGACGGAAGGCGAAUUGGCGGAUAUGGUACCAAAAACGAGCAAGAAUCAGAGCGCCGUGUCAGGAAACCAGAAACUAAAUAUCAGCGUCAUACAACCUGGUCCAGUGCCGCCUAACAUCGGUUAACAGGGAGUAAUAAUUGCUCGUCUAUGUGAAUGUUGGAAAAGUUAAGAAAUAGCACUAAAAGCGUGAGACCAGUCGCGACGCUCUGAAAAUAACAGUUUAGAAGACGUCUACUAUUUUUAUAAUAUAUUUAUUGAAAACAUUUAUUUAUAACGCAGCGCAUUUAUUUAUAUGUAGCAUAAUUGUCGCGAUGGUCUGAUUAGAUGAAUAAUUAAUAAUUACUUCACAAACGCGGAUUGUGAAGAAUAAAGAUUACAUAAGAAUUACUCAGUCAGCAAAACGGUAGCAGUAUGCCAGCAGAUAUAAUCGUAAAUUUACAGCAGAUUUCGCUUCACUGUGUCCUCGUUAAGCUUCGUUUCUGUCAGCACGAUGUGCCAACACAAUGUGACAGCAGAAACGCGGCAGAAAUUGAGUACGAUCUGCCGUCACAAAGCAGGGUCUGCUGACAACAAAAUUUAAAAAAUGUCAGGCAAAUGUUUUUAUCACUAGACUAUUUAUACUUAAAAAUUAGCAUAUUAAGAAAUGUAUUUUUCCUUCACACUAAUAAUCGCGGCCCAUCUUGUAAUGACAGAGCAUACUGCAUUUCUGCUGCGUUUUUGCUGUCAUAAAGUGCUCGCAGACAAGUUUGAUUUCUGCUGUUAUAUGACAGCAGGCUCUAUGCAAUCUUGGUGUGCAUUCUGCCGACAGAUUGUGUCAGCAUAUAAUGUUUGAAAUUUGCUAUAUUUAUGCUGGUUCUGUUCAAGUUUUGCUGUAUUUCUGCCGUUACAUUGUGCUCGAUUUUGCGUUUCUGACGGUAUUUUAUCUGUUUUUAACUGAAACGGCAUAUUUUGCUAGAAUAUUGAUAGCAUUUUGCUGACAUAGUAUGCAGUACAUAAAUUGCAAAAUGUGUUUCAUCAGAUUUUGCAAUUUAUAAAUAAAAUUUUUAUUGUAUGUUGCAUUUGCGUCAAAAAUGAGCAAUAAAUCGAAAUGAGGAAAAUCAAUAUUGAGCUGCAUGAUAAUGUUAGACAAAUAAAACAUAAUUCCAGUGAUAAUAGAAGGAAAUAAAGGAAAUAAAAGUUUGAUUGUGCGAGCUUAUACCCAGAUAGUGCAUGAAAACAUUAGAUACGCUUAGGAAACGUAUAUGAAACGAACACGUGCUAUCUGAGUAGAUUAUGACUUAUAGCAUUAU